GAGAAUGUACUGCACUUUAUUUUCCAAUCUACUCGUACUAAUUCUAAUUAAAUUGCACGAAAUCGAUGCUUGCGGUCCUCCUCCCUCUGUGCCCUACGUUGAUACAAACCAGUCAGUACCAAAGUAUGCCUACCCUGGAACGGUACUUCAUUUCAGGUGCAAAAAUUCAACAUCCUCACCUGAAUUCCAUGAGGAAAUGGCAGUGAGGAUGGUCUGUCUUUCCAACAACACAUGGGCGAUCCACGGGGCUUCUCGGUGUGAAUCUGAGAAGUGUUACAUUGCUUUUGCAAUAUUCCUGACGGCUUCGGUUAUAGCAGUUUCGGCGACACUGACUUACAUUGCGUCCAUGGUUAUUAUCUGGAUUAUGAACAGAAAAUCAAGAUAUCAAAAAUUAAACAAGGACGCUGCAGACGAUCUUUACAGAAAAGAACCAUUGAAAAUAAACAUUUAAAGACACUGAGAAGCAACAAACGAUCAAUAAACCUUAUAUGUUUCUUUCCUGACAAAUAUUUGAAUUCAAUUAUGCCUUUUUAGUUCACCAUUUAUUUGUACACGU